GGGCGGCGCCGGGCGGAAGGGUGUCCGUCCGUCCUCUGGCGGGCCGGGCCCGCGGGGGAGGCGGCGCUGGCGGGCGGCAGCCGGGUCGGGGUCAGGCGGUCGCUCCGCCCGGCGCUCACCCGCUGUCUGUGCGCCCCGGCACCAGGUGCAGGCGCGGCGGGGCUCGGCGCCGACCCUCUCUCGCUCCGUGCCCGGCGCCAUGGCCAUGAGGGAGCUGGUGGAGCCGGAGUGCGGGGGCUCCAACCCCCUGAUGAAGCUGGCGGGACACUUCACCCAGGACAAGGCCCUGCGGCAGGAGGGACUGCAGGGCCCGCUGGCCUGGCCCCCCGGCGCGCCCGAAGCCGCAGCCGUAUCCAAACCACUGGGAGUAGCCACUGAAGAUGAGCUGGUUGGAGAGUUUCUGCAAGCUCAGAAUGCCCCUUUGCUGUCCCGUGCACCCCAGACCUUUAAGAUGGAUGACCUGUUGGCUGAGAUGCAAGAGAUUGAACAGUCAAGCUUCCGACAGGCCCCUCAGCGAGCUCCAGGUGUGGCAGCCUUGGCACUGUCUGAAAACUGGACCCAGGAGUUCUUGGCUGCAGCAGAUAAUGCUGGUGAUGUCUCUUCAGAUUACAAUGAGGCUGACUGGUCACAGGAGUUCAUUGCUGAAGUGACAGAUCCACUGUCUGUGUCUCCUGCCAAGUGGGCAGAAGAAUACUUAGAGCAGUCAGAGGAGAAGCUGUGGCUGGGGGAAUCAGAAGAUCAGUCUUUGGCAGAUAAAUGGUAUGAGGAAUACCAACCUGAGGAUGAUCUUAAGAAAACUGUUACUGAUUUCCUCUCCAAAGUGGAUGAUCCAAAACUCAAGAAUACUGAGUUCCUAAAGUUUGUCCGCCAGAUCGGAGAUGGGAGGGUAUCGAUCGAAGCUAAUCAGGUGACCCACAGAGACCAAGAGCAGGCAGAGCAAUGGGCAGCUGAGUUUAUACAGCAGCAGUCAGAUGUGGAGUUCUGGGACAAACUCCAGGCAGAAUGUGAGGAGAUGGCCAAGAGAGAUGCAGAGGCUCACCCUUGGCUCUCUGAAUAUGAAGACCUCAACUCCUCAUCAUACGACAAGGGUUACCAGUUUGAGGAAGACAAUCCCAUGAGGGAUCACCCAGACGCGUUUGAAGAGGGGCGGAAGCGCUUGGAGGAAGGUGACCUCCCCAAUGCUGUCCUGCUCUUUGAGGCUGCAGUGCAACAGAAGCCAGAUCAUAUGGAGGCCUGGCAAUAUCUGGGAACCACCCAAGCAGAGAAUGAACAGGAGCUUUUGGCGAUCAGUGCUCUCAGACAGUGCCUGGAGCUGCAGCCUGGGAACCUGACAGCUCUUAUGGCUUUAGCAGUCAGCUUCACCAACGAGUCCCUGCAGAAGCAGGCGUGUGAGACCCUGCGGGACUGGCUGCGCCAUAAACCGGACUAUGCCCACCUGUUCAACAAGGAACCAGAGGAGAGUGUCUCAGGGACAAACCUGGGGCCUUCCAAGCGUGUCCUGAGUUCCCUGCUCUCUGACUCACUGUUCAUGGAAGUGAAGGAGCUGUUCUUAGCAGCUGUGCGCAGCAACCCCUCAACUGUGGAUCCUGAUGUCCAGUGUGGCCUGGGUGUCCUUUUCAACCUCAGUGGCGAGUAUGAGAAGGCUGUGGAUUGCUUCAGUGCUGCACUCAGUGUGCGCCCCAAUGACCACCUUUUGUGGAACAAGCUGGGUGCCACCCUGGCCAAUGGGAACCGGAGUGAAGAAGCUGUGGCCGCGUAUCGUCGGGCACUGGAGCUGCAGCCAGGAUACAUCCGCUCUCGCUACAACCUGGGCAUCAGCUGCAUCAACUUAGGCGCCCACCGUGAGGCUGUGGAGCACUUCCUGGAGGCUUUGCACAUGCAGCAGAAGAGCCGAGGUCCGCGGGGGCAGCAAGGAGCCAUGUCUGACAACAUCUGGAGCACCCUGCGCAUGGCCCUCUCCAUGCUGGGGCAGAGCGACCUGUAUGGGGCAGCUGAUGCCCGUGACUUGCCCACACUGCUGAAAGCAUUUGGCCUCCAGCAGUGACUCUGGGAUAGGCUCCCCUGCGAGUGCAGCGGUUGCCGAGCCCAGCAAUGACCUUUCUUAGGGAUAAAAUGUUCACAAGGGUUCACACACAUCUUUGCCCUGGUAGGGCAGAUCAUUGGCAACUGUUUGUUUUUAAGUACCCCCCUGGUGAAAUGUGCAACUUCCCCAACCUGUCUGUUGUGGCCUGAGCAUUUCUGAAUGGUUCACGUUAUCACUUCCAUGAUGACUGACACUGCUGCUUCACAGAUGAUCAAAGUGGGGAAGACAGCAGCAUCCUGCCCUCUUGCAAGACUGCAUUUGCAGUAGUGCCCAGCUUGGCUGUGAGAGCCAUUCUGCAGACUGCCUGCAAGGGCGUGUCUGUAGUUCAGGCUGCUUUGGAGGGAUGGGAUUGCUGUUUCACCCAAAAGGGUGAAAAUUUGUGGGGUUUGAGCAUGCUUCCCCAUGUAUGUGCUUGCAUGUGUGUAUAUGUGGGUUACUAGGGAAAACUGGGGCAGUAGUCCCCUUUUCUGGCCAAUGACUGGCCAAUGGUACAGCCAGAUGCUGCUUUCUCAGUGUCUUCAUGAACCUUUUAAGAUGAGAGUAUUGUACUGAUGCUGGGGACAUGGGUGGAGGCCCUGUCAGGGAAAGGGGAAAUCCCGGAGUUCAGGCUUGAGAGAAGGUGAUAAGAAUAUCUGAAAUGUCUGAAAUUGUCUGAAAUGUAGUCUCUUCCAAAAUAGUGGUGGGGAAAUGGAUGAAGUCUUAAUUUUCUCUUGCUCAUCUGUCAUCUUGUGUGUAACUGAAUCUUGUUAAUUAUAAAUAUCUGUAUAUGAUUUUAUUGGGGAAAAUGUUUUUUUAAUUGUAAAGUAUUUUGUAUAAUAAAGGUAUAAGCCCACUGCUUUUCAAAAGA